CUUUGCCGGAAGCGGCGUACGGAUGACGCAAACGAGCCGCGCCGCCGGUGAUUCCGGAAGUAACAAGAGCGCGGCUUGAACAUGGGGAAGCAAAAGAAAACACGGAAGUAUGCGACCAUGAAGCGAAUGCUUAGUCUCAGAGAUCAGAGGCUUAAAGAAAAGGAUAGAUUAAAACCAAAAAAGAAAGAAAAGAAAGAUCCCAGUGCACUCAAGGAAAGAGAAGUCCCCCAACACCCUUCCUGCUUAUUCUUCCAAUAUAACACGCAGCUGGGCCCACCUUACCACAUCCUGGUCGAUACCAACUUUAUCAACUUUUCCAUUAAAGCCAAACUGGACUUAGUGCAGUCAAUGAUGGACUGUCUGUAUGCCAAGUGUAUCCCUUGUAUAACUGACUGCGUAAUGGCUGAAAUUGAGAAAUUGGGGCAGAAGUAUAGAGUGGCUUUAAGGAUUGCCAAGGAUCCAAGAUUUGAACGAUUACCAUGUACACACAAAGGAACCUAUGCAGAUGACUGCUUAGUACAAAGAGUAACUCAGCACAAGUGUUACAUUGUGGCCACAGUUGACCGAGACCUUAAACGAAGAAUCCGGAAGAUCCCUGGAGUUCCCAUCAUGUACAUUUCUAACCAUAGGUACAACAUUGAGCGGAUGCCAGAUGAUUAUGGAGCCCCUCGGUUCUAAUGAAAAGAGAAAAUUUCUCCAUCUUCCUUUGACCCAUUUUCUCUUUUGCCAGUUCACUAAACAUGCUAUAGCAUGAAUUACUAUUGCACUCACCCACUUGCUGUAUAGUGAGCUGAGUAUAGUUAAAUAUACUCACUUUUCAGUGUUGUCUUUAAAAUUAAAUUUUGUGUCAUUUUAAAA